ACUAGUAUAUUCCGAGAAGCAGCGCAUUUACGUGUGCUAGUCUGAAAUAACUUCUCCCGUGUCUAUAAAACCAGGGUCCCAUUGCCAAAACUCUAAUGGCAACAGACAUUGCAUUUGACGCUGCUCUAGCAGUAGCAGGACAGUUAUCCAUAGCUAUUUCACGUGUGCUAGACACAACCUUCGCAUUUAACGCUGUUCUUGCACAACUUCAGACCACCCUGGAGUUUGUUGUUCCGAAGAUUCAUCGAAUACGUUGGCUGAGAGACUCCAGUGAUCUCCAGAAUGAUGGGAUUCAUAGGUUGUUGGGCCUGUUGCAGCAGGCUGAGAAGAUUGUGAAUAAAUGCUCUGCUGUGACCUGCUGGAACUUCUUCAACAAAUACAGAUACAGCAAGAAGCUCCUUAAACUGGAUGAAUCAAUUCGUAGGUUUUUUGGUUUAGAGUUGCAGGUUGUGAUAUGGGAGGAUACUGUGCGGAUUUGCAACCAGUUUGACCAACUUAUCCUGCGGAUGGAUCAGAGGGUGGAGGAUCCUGCACGGAACUCGCCUCAUAUUAAGCAACUAAAGAAGAUGAUUUCAAAUGGAAGUCGAAUCAAGGUUUACCAGGCUGCUUCUGAGUUGAAGAAAAUUGUUGAGUCUCUGCGGGGUUUCCUUUUUCUCCACCUGUCAUCGUUUCUGAGAAUUCAUUGGUGGAGCUAUCGAAGAAUAUAAAGAGCAGAGCAGCUUCUGUUCAAAUUUGUGGAAAACUGAGUAAGACACCGUGUGAUGUCAAUGGCAGCUAGAUUGAUUCCUUUGCAACCAAAACAGAAAUAAUGUACAAAGAUGUCCCACUAAAUAAGAGACCACGGUUCAAUGUUAAAGAUUUCAUAUUUGAAUCAUGCACAGAUAGAGAUAGGUUUACGAAAGAGGAGUGCUAUUGUAUGUUAUAUGGUUCACCAUUAUAUGUACAAAAUAAAUAAAAGAAUUGAUAUUAU